GGAAAACAGCUCCUGCCGUUUAAAGAUGGCGCUCGGCCCGGAGGAACUGAGAGCGGCUCAGGGAGCGGAUUGACUUUCUACCAGGAAGUGAUGGAUAUGUUGUCUGGAGAUCAUGGAGCUACUUUGAACCUGCGUGGUACUUACACUGAGUUGUUCCUGAUUCCAGCUGUGGUGGGUGUUGUUACCGCAUUGCUGUUUAUACACAGGACAUGCCAAGCAAUCAAAAGCAGAAGGUACUUGGGAAGAGAGAAGCAACUAGCAGGAACAGUUUCUCAACUGCUUGAUGAGAAGUGCAAAGUUCUUGAAAGACUUAAAGAUUGCACACAAAAGUACAAAGAAUUUGAAGCUUCUGUAAAGAAUGCAGCUGACUUAAAAGAAUCAACAGAAACAAAAACUUUCCAUCUCCAGGACACAUAUGCCAAGUUGGAUAAAUCAAAUAGUAAUCUUAGACAAACCAUUGAUCAGUGUACACAGGAUCUAGAGGAAGAAAAACAAAUAAGAUCACAAAACAGCAAUCUGAUUACAGAAACCCAAGCAAAUUUAAUUGCCCUGGAAAAUGAAGCACUGAAUCUUAAAGUCCAAGUAGAAGAGGCUAAAAAUGAAUUAAAAGGAAUUCCAAAUAAUGAUUCAAGACAUCAGGAAUUAUUCCAAACUGCACAAGAGGAAAAUUAUCACCUUAAACAAAGUAAAGAACAGCUAUUGCAAGAAUCAGAAGGAUGGGAGGAGCGAUACAGUGAGCUUAAUGAACAAAUUAAGUUAUGUGAGAAGUCUCAGAAAGAUAUGCGGAGUGUUCUUGCAAGUAAAGAAAAUGAGGUUAAGACUCUGACAAGCUGCCUUCUAAAAAUGAAAUUGUGGAAUCCAGCUGAAGAGGACCAUCCUGCCGAAGAAAUGUCAGAAGAACAACAGAAGCAAAAAGUUGAAAAAUUGAUUUAUGUUGCUAAGUUAAAUGCUGGCUUGAAGUCAGUAGAAGAAGAAAGAAAUCAGAUUCACAGCAAGUUAUCUGAUGAGAUCAAAGCAAAGCAAGAGCUUAUGGAACGAAUUGAAAAACUUCAAUUAGAACAAACUUCAGUGCAACAUGAGUCAACACAAUUUGACACUGAAUAUAAGAACAUUCAGCAGAAGUUAAAGAUCAUGACAGAAUUGUACCAUGAGAAAGAAAUGGAGCUUCAAAGAAAUCUGACGCUGGAAGAGCAUCAGCGUCUGCAGAAGGAAGAGAAGCUUUCUGAAGUUGAUGAAAAGAUUAAUCAAGUGACUGAAGAGCUCAGUCUCUAUAGGCAACGUGCUAAAGAUCUUGAAGAAGAAUUAGAUAAAACUAUACAGUCGUAUAAAAAUCAAAUUGUAUCUCAUGAGAAAAAAGCACAUGAUAACUGGCUGUCAGCUCGUGAAGCUGAUCGAGAGCUUGGCAAUAUUAAAAGAGAGAACAAUCACCUUCGGCAAAAGAUAACUGAAGCGGAAUUCAAAAUGGAGACACUUGUAAAUGAUAUAUCUGGAAGACCAGCAUUAUUAAGUUCUUCAACAUUUGUCCCACCAUACAGAGGAAGAAGUUCUCCAUAUGGUCCUUCUCCAGUAGGUCGACCUGGCUCUGAAUCUGUGGGUUUUCUGUCACCUCCAUUAGUAGAUGGACCCUUAAGGUUUUCGCCUUUAUUUCCUGGAAGACCAGAUUUCAAAACACAAGGUCCAUCAGGGCAUCCAGACUACACUUCUAAUGAAAAUGCAGACUCAUUCUCUGACCGAAUGUCUGAUCAUCAUGGUCCACAGUCUGAUAGCGGUUCACUGUCCCCUGUGUGGGAAAGAGAAAGGAAGCUGUUGGAGACUUUAUCAGGUGAACAUCCAGCACUGGAAGAUAACAUGCAAAUUUCAAAUUCUGCUCCAGUGUGUCAGACACAAGACCAUGACCCAUUAAAUAUAUCUUUAAACCAAUCCCUUCCUCCUGGAGCUGACUUUGGAAUUAGACCUGGUUUUGCACCUGCCCCUCAUAAGCAAAUCCCCUCCUUACCUGUUGAUCCAAGAGGCCACUUUCUGCAACGGGGACUUCCACUUCGUCCUCGUAGUGGAAUCUAUGGUCUUCCAGAACGUAUUCCUCUAAGAGCUUUUGGUUUACCACCUAAUUUUCCCACGCGAAUGAGAGAUCCGGCACAACCAGGAGCAUACCCGAGUCAUCUUCCACCACCUCGGCCUAUAUUUCAUCCACAUAGACAACUUUCAGAUAUUACAAGUGGCCUUCUCCCAUCUCGAAUUCCUCUACCCAAGUUUUCUGAAACAGAACACCAACCAUCCUCUCAAGAAAAAUAAAUGUUUUGGCAAAAAGUGGUCAUGCGUUCAGUGAAUUGCAAGUUAGAAGAUAAUUUUUAAUGGUAUAUGCUAUGAUUAGUUGUGGUAUUUAAUAACUUUCCAGUUUGGAAUAAAGACACAUACAUUCUGAUAAUGUGCUGUUUGAUUACAAAUGUACACCUCAGGAGUCUUACAUGGAAUUUAUUAAACACUUAUUGUGCAAUACUGUGAGAGUUAGCUUGCCAUGCACUAUUUUAAUUAAGAGCAUUGUUUUUAUUCAGUGCACUGUAUGUAUGGAAUUUGUAAAUGCUUAAUGACUUUUUUAAAAAGCAAAACAGUGAUGAACUACUAAAAAUCCUAACUAGGAAGAAAUUCCCUUUAUGUGCAUGUCUGAAGUGGUGCUGUGCUUGGUUCCACUGAUGUAAAUGCAGAUUUAUACUCUUUAAUAUAAAAGGAAUGUUUGAAGAACAUUGAGAAUAUAUAAAAAUGUUUAUUGUAAAAUACUGAAAAUAAAACAAGUGUUUGAUUUAAACAAAA